AUGUCAGACCAACCACCAGCAAACAUAAUUCUCGGAAUCAAAUUGGAUGGGACAAAUUAUCCACUUUGGUCCCGAUUGAUGAAGGUGGCUAUCGGAGGAAGAAGGAAGGCAAAACAUAUCACCAAUAGCCCUCCAUCAUCAAAAAAGGAAGAGAAAGAAUUUCAAACUUGGGAGGAAGAUGAUCUUAUUGUUUUCUCAUGGAUCAUACAGAACAUGGAGACCCGAUUGGUGCAAAGAUUUGCACAACAUCAGACCUCCAAGGCUUUGUGGGAUAGUCUUGCAAUCACAUAUGGGUCUGGCGCAGACCCUCUCCAAAUUUAUGACCUUGAAAUUCAAGCGUCUAAAAUGAGUCAAGAAGGCCAAACCUUGGAGAAAUUCUGGAGCGAGUUGCACAACAUAUGGACUGAAAUCGACCAAAGGGAUCCAAAUCCCCUAGAGUGCUGUGAUAAGGGGAUACUAACUUACUAG